UCCAUAUGAUACUUUCCUUUAUUAUUUUUCAUUACUCUGCGAGGUUUUCACAACUGCGUCAACAACCAGUAUACGGAACUCAAUGUCCUGCAUCCGAGAAAGUACCUUCGCUGAGCCACGGAUCGAUCACCACUUUGCAUACUCGAGCAUCUUGGCCGAGGCCGUACAGGAUCCAUCGAAGCUCUUGGUCGAUGCGGGCUGUUGCAUGGGAACUGAUAUUCGGAAAUUGGUUCUCGAUGGUUUACCCCCAGAGAACAUUCUAGGGUUGGAUCUCGAGAGUCGGUACUUCGACGUCGGCAGAACCCUCUAUAAUGAAGACCUUGCCACCACCAAACUCCGCUUCCAACAGGCCGACCUAGUGGACCCAAGCUUCCCUUCCAAACAUGCCCAUCUCCACAACAAAUUCCACCUCGUACACUCCGCCAACGUGAUCCACCUUUUCGGCGUAGCCGAACAAGAGAUCUUCUUCCGCAAUCUCAUCCAUCUCGUCGCACCGGGCGGCAUGAUUUGGGGUCGACAGGUUGGCCUGGCGGAUGAUCUUGGGGUGGGCCAUCACCAGUUAGAAGGGAAAGGGGCGAGGUUUACGAUUGAUGAAUUUCGGAAGUUGGUGUUGCGGGCGGGAGGUUGGGGUGAGACGGAGGCGAGGUAUGAGGCGCAAUUCGUGAAGUAUCGUGAGAUCCGGGCAGCACAUCAGUAUAAGGCGUGGGUUUUGCAGUGGAGUGUUCAGGUACCGGUAGAAAAGGAGAGAGGGAGGGAACGGGGGCUGCUUAGGGUUGUUGAGGAAGAAGAUUAAGCACAUAUAUGGAACCCGCGGGAUGCAAUGAGUGUCUACCUUAUGCAUGACACAAGAUCCUUGGCCCUGCGCCGAACUAGCAAAGUAGACUGAUACCGUAGAUCAAUCACAGGCCUUCGGCCAACAGUAUUAUCGGUUGCAUUGGCUAUUUUGAAGCAGCAAAAGUGGGUCGAUGCCGGGUAGUUGCGUCCCGAUUCCGACCCCUCACCUUCCCCUCAAUUUUCUCACCCACAUUGCGGCUAUCCUUGUAAAACGAUGGCUCU